ACUACAUGAAGCUGCUCUGUGUGGAAAGACGGAAGCCGUUAGACUCCUACUGGACAGUGGUAUAGGUGCGGGGGUUCGGAACACUCUGUGUCAGACAGCGCUGGACAUCGUUAACCAGUUCACCACCACAACACACAGAGACAUCAAGCAGAUGUUACGAGAGGCCUCUGCUGCUAUGCAGGUUCGCGCUCUAAAGGACUACUGCAACAACUACGACCUGACGAGCCUGAACAUCAAGAUGGGAGACAUCAUUACAGUCCUGGAGCAGCAUGCUGACGGUCGCUGGAAAGGCUGUAUCCAUGACAACAGAACAGGAAAUGACCGUGUGGGAUACUUCCCCUCAAACAUGGUGGAAGUUAUCAAGAGACCAGGUUCUCGUGGUCAGCAUGUCAGUUCUCCUCAUGGCUCUCCAACUCUGAGUGGACAUCACAGCAGCAGCAACGAAGAGGUCUGGGUACUACGCAAACCUGGAGGAGGUGGUAGUACUGGCAGCUUGAGUGGUCGUUCCUCCUCUAGUGGCCAGAGUUCUAAUGCCAACGCCCACCUGACCUCUGUUGCUACGGUACCCACAACACCUGUUCCUGCCACACCCCCUACGCCAGAGUCCCCAUCUCACACAAACACCAACACACAUGGACUCAAUGUGCCAGGGCUGCACGCACAGGCAGAGGGAGUCAAGCUGUUGGCCACAGUGCUCUCCCAGUCUGCCAAAGCCAAGGAACUGCUGCAAUCUCGCUCCCUGGAACAGCAAGGAUCUGUGUCCACACCUCCAGAGGGUGUGCCAGCUCCUGCUCGACAGUUUGUGGAUCCACUUCUACAGCGGAAGGAGGAGGCUUCAGCUGAGAGCAAGAACACAGAGGCGGUCAUUGAUUGGCUGACAGGAUUCCAGCUGCAGUUCUACGCCACCAACUUCCUGACGGCCGGAUACGACCUCCCCACCAUCAGACACAUGACCCAGGAGGACCUGAGCGCCAUCGGCGUGUCCAAGCCGGGUCACCGUAAGAAACUCGUGUCUGAAAUUUCCAAACUCCACGAUGACCCUCAAGACACUACAGACAAGAAGCCGGCCACCCUGUCGGAGUGGUUGUCCGCUAUUGGCUUGUGUCAGCAUUACCAGACGCUGGUUACCAACGGAUACGAGACUCUGGAGUUCAUCAAGGACAUUACACAGGAAGACAUGAAGGAAAUAGGCAUCACCAAACUAGCUGACGCUGCCCUCUGCUGGUCAGACGGUGACGCGCAGCAGCAGCGCAACUCUCCACCAAUCAGGGCUCAGGAGCUCCACUCUGGACCAAUCACAGCAGGUUUGCACUGA